GACAACAAACACGCCAGCCCAGCCCCCCACUUCAACGUCGACUUGCAACCCCGCAGGUUGUCUUCUCGGCUCGGUCGGUCCAGCACCACCCGACGGGUGCCCAUUUUCGGCGCCGGAGGGGACCAUUUUGGGCUGCUGCCACUUUUCUUCUUUCCUUUCUUCGGCUUCCAAUCUCCUACUUCUACUUCCACUUCCUCGGUCAACGCCAGGCCGCCAACAUGUCUGAGCUCGCCAAGGCCUUGCCCGCGGCUGCCGCUACUAACGAAGCUGGCACCAUGGAACUAAAAGUCCCGCCCUCGGGGGUAUGGGCGCCGGCGGUGACGCUGUUCGACCCCGACACGGACAAGCUGCUGCUCGAGGACCAAAAGAAGUACUACGCCCACCUCGCCUCCUCGGGCCUGGCCGGGCUCGUGAUCCUGGGCACCAACGCCGAGACGUUCCUGCUCACGCGCGACGAGCGCCGCCAGCUGCUCGAGGCGGCACGCGCCGCCGUCGGGCCCGACUUCCCCAUCAUGGCCGGCGUGGGCGGCCACUCGACGGCGCAGGUCAAGGAGUUCAUCGGCGACGCCGCGGCCGCGGGCGCCGACUCGGUCCUGGUGCUGCCGCCGGGCUACUUCGGCAAGGCCACGACGCCCGCCGUCGUCGACGCCUUCUACGCCGACAUCGCCGCCUGGACCCCGCUGCCCGUCGUGCUGUACAACUUCCCGGCCGUCUGCAACGGCGUCGACCUCGACUCGGACGCCAUCGCCGCCCUGGCCCGCCGCCACCCGCAGAUCGUCGGCGUCAAGCUGACGUGCGGCAGCGUCGCCAAGAUUGUGCGCCUGGCCGCCGAGCUGCCCGACAGCCGCUUCGCCGUCUUUGGCGGCCAGUCCGACUUUUUGCUCGGCGGCCUCGCCGUCGGCAGCGCGGGGUGCAUCGCCGCCUUUGCCAACGUCUUCCCCCGCACCGUCUCGCGCAUCUAUGAGCUGUGGACCGGGGCCGUGGCGGCCACGGGCGCCGACCAGGUCGCCAAGCGCAUCGAGGCGCUCGAGCUGCACAAGAAGGCCGCCCUGGCCGAGCGCCCCUGCAAGAGCGGCAUCGCCAUGACAAAGUACGCCGCCGCCGUCUUCUCGGCCUCAAAGGCCGGCGUCGAGGACGCCGAGCGCAAGAUGCUGCCCCGCAAGCCGUACCUGCCCCCCGCCGACGCCGACAGGGCCAGGUGCAGGCAGCUGAUGGAGGAGGUGGCCAAGAUCGAGCAGGAGCUGGCCGAUGAGGACAAGGCUUGAACUCGAAUGCGUGCUGAUCGUGCGCUCGGAACGAGUGACUCACUGACUUGGUCAAAUAGGGUAUUCUGAUAAUAGUUAAAUCAAUGAAUGGAAGGUGUUGGUUCCAGAUGCGAAUCGCGUUUGGCGACCGAGACUACCUCCAAACUCUCACUCGUCCAUGGCCAUCAACUUGUCACUAUUUUCCGAUUUCAGGCCCGACGGCCAAAUCACAGCAGGUCAUAAAGGAAUGUAGGAUCGAAGGUUUGAAGAUAACUAGAACUAAAAAUUGAAAACCAAAACCGCGAGGCACCCUGGCCAACUAGACGCGAACAACUAACUAUUUUAAAAUAGAAAAUACACAAAAUUACACACAAAAACAUCGCACAUAUCAAGACAUAAAAAGGGAGGGCUCAAGAUCAACCAGGCCUUUGAGUAAGCAAGAGCUGGACUUAAGCGGACCAGACAGCAGCGCGCUUGACGACGACGGUGCGCUUCUUGUGCUUGUCGCUGGCCGAGGUCUCGUCGCUGCUCUCGUCGCUGCUCUCGUCGCUGGCUGAAGACUCGCUGGCGCUCUCGUCGCUGCUCUCGUCGCUGGCUGAAGACUCGCUGGCCGAAGACUCGCUGGCGCUCUCGUCACCGCCGGAGCUGGAGCUGCUGCUCUCAUCGUCGGCCGAGGCGUCGCUAGCGCUCUCGUCGCUGCUGGCAGGCUCGUCGGUGUCUUCACUCUCGGUCUUCUUGCCGGCCUUCUUGGCCUUGUACUCGCUGAUCCAUCCCUUGACGCCUUUGGCGAGGCUGCCGAGGACCUUGAAGCCCGUGGUGGUGAGGGCGGCGAUGCUGAAGGGGUCCAUGCGCGGCGCGAGCAUGAAGUCGCUGCUGCGCCGGGCGGGCUGCUGCAGGUCGAUGCGGAU